AUGAGUAUUCGAUUUGCACAAAUGGAACGAACACUGGGUGAGAUUGAUCGAGCGCGGGCAAUAUAUGCUCACUGCUCUGAAAUAUGUGAUCCUCGGGUUCAUGGUAUGUUCUGGGAAAUUUGGAAAGAAUUUGAAGUGAAGCAUGGUAAUGAGGAUACGGUAAGGGAGAUGUUGCGUAUAAAAAGAUCUGUACAAGCAACUUACAACACAAACGUCAAUAUCAUGAGUGCACAGAUGUUGUCCACAGUAGCGGGUGCAUCCGCAGGCACAAUUAUCCAUGAACGUGGGUUCACUUAUUAA